CUAUAAAAGCCGCCACCUCUCGCACGGCGCCGUUAGUUCCCCCCCUCUCAGCUUCAGGGAACACUUCAGCAUGUCGGUGGCUCUGCGCGCACAGCUGCUCCUCUUUCUCCUCUCCAUCUCCUGGAGGACGGGGCUCAGUCGCUACAUCGAGGACACUGAAGCUGAGGAUGGAUUAUACUCUCUGCUCAGUUUGGACCAGAAAAGAGAAUCAGAGGAUUUCAUUUUCCGCCGACCUCUCAGGUGUUUGGACAUGCUGGCCACUGACGGCUACUUCACCUUCGUGGCGUCUCAACCACAGCUGGCCUGUGCUGCCUUCAUCAUCGCUGGGCCCAGUGAGGUCAUCAGCUUGGAGCUGUCUGACGUCAACAUCGACUGCAGCGCCGGGGACUUCGUCAAGAUGUUUGACGGCUGGGUCCUGAAGGGGGAGAAGUUCCCCAGCAGGCAGGACCACCAGCUCCCUCUCCACCAGCGCUACACCGACUACUGCUCCUCCGCAGCUCCGGGGGCCACCAGCCGCUCCUCUCAGAACGUCGCCAUGGUCUUCUUUCGCAUUCACAGCCCUGACAGUGGCUUCACCCUCGCUGUCCGAAAGAUACACAACCCCUUCCCCUGUAACAUCAUGUCUCAGAGUCCAGAGGGCAGCUUCACCAUGGUGAUGCCACACCAGCACAGGAACUGCAGCUUCUCCAUCAUCUACCCCGUGGAGAUCAGAAUGACAGAUCUGAGCCUCGGGCAGGCCAAAAGCAAUGAACUCAGCCCACAGAGGCAGGCGUGGGCGGGCUGUUCUGGGUCAGGUGACUAUGUGGAGCUGCUGGGGGGCAACGGGGUGGACACCUCCAUGAUGGUCCCCAUGGCUGACCUCUGCUUUUCCCUCACUGGGCUCGCCCAGAUGAAGAUCGGUUGCGAUAACUCGGUGGUGCGGCUGGUGUCCAGCGGGAACUACGUCAACCGCGUUUCCUUCCAGUACCGACUACUGGAGCAACGUGAGCUCCCCAAGAGCCCAGAGAACGCUCUGGAUAACUUCUGCUCCGUGGAAUGAGAUCGCACUCGUACUGCAGACACACACACACAUGCACACACACGACACUGUAAAUACACCAGUUCCACUACCGCCGUCAACACAUAUUUUGUUAUUGCCAGAUGUUUUAUCCAGUGUCAUGUCUAACAGUGUUCGCUUCGAUCAUAGAAUAUUUAUUUGAAUUGAACCAAGCAUGUGGAGGAUGGUGGAUUCAGUAUUUUGUUAUUAGUUUUUUUGAGAUACGUUACAUUUCUUGGCAAGAUAUUUCGUUUAACCCUUUCCACUGUCUUCAGUGCACAUUGUUUUUUUUAGUAUUCUUGGGGAGGUUUUGCAUUCUCUGCUUUCUCUUGUGUUUAAAAUACUUUGACAAUUUAAAAAUAAAUAUUACUUGCAUGAUAAAGCAAA